AUGUUUGACUGGGCAGAGCCUUACAACAGGUUUGACGUCACAAUAAUACUACUCGGGUAUGGAGUGAGUCUCGCCUUUGGAUAUUCAUGUAAGGCCCUCAAACAACUCAAUCCUUGGACCCACAAUAUUGUCCUCGCGUUUUAUGUUUUUGUGGCCUUGGUUGUCUUUGCCUGGAAAUUGGAGAUCAACCCAAUCCAUCUUCCUGUUGCUUUACUCGGUCGGGUUUAUGAUGGCUCAGUCACGCGGUAAAUAAAAAAACUUGAAAUACCAAAUGUGAUUGCAGAAGAUGUCUUCUGCUCUUCUGGUUGAUCAAUGUGUUCGCUUCAGUUGCAUUCUGUGUGAGGACUGCAUAUUUUGUGAACCAAGUGACGACUUCGCAUCGAAAGUUUUUUCACGUUACAGUAUCUGCCGUCGCCAUUUCUGGGUUCCUUUAUGAUCCUCCCUUUACUGUACUUUGUGGUCAUAUUGUGAUUGUAUUCUUUAUUAUUCUGGAGGUAAGAUGUGCAAUGAAUUGCCGACAAGUUUCAGAUCUUGAGAGUCCAUCGGGUGCAACCUUGGUGUCAUACUUUGGAUGCAAACAUGCUGCCUUUUCUGGAUGGGCAAGACAACAGAAAUCUUGUUUUGACCCCCAUUCACCUAAUUGGAGGUGUUUUUGCCCCAAGUCUACUGGACUUUAUGUUAUGCGAGCCUUCGAAUGCCCUACGACCCUCAUAUUACAGUGGUGUGAUAACAGUGGGUGUGGGAGACGCUUGUGCUGCUCUGAUUGGAAGCAAUUUUGGCAGAAUUCGAUGGGGAGUAAAGCUGAGGAAGACGGUUGAAGGAUCAGCCGCGAUGCUCUUCGGGCAGAUUGUGGCCCACAUAGCGUUGUUUGGGUUGAGUGAGAUGGGUCUUGUCGUCGUUGUUAUCUACUCUCUUUCCACUAUCCUGGAAGCCGCUCUAGACAAGGGGGACAAUAUUGUUUUGCCGAUUUUUACUUUCUUUUUACUCAAACUGAGGGAAUAUUUCGUAUAUCCAUAA